CCCCCGCCGAGCCCGGAGCAAGAGAUAGGCCGGGCCGAGGCGGGGCGGGCAGCGCCCCCUGGCGGCGAGGGAGGCGCUGACGCUGCGGGCGCGACCGCGUGUCUCCCGCAGGCUCCCGGCUCGGCGCGGCCAUGGCGGACGCGGCGCAGAACGGGCCCGUGCAGGGCGGUGCCGGCGGCGGAGCCGUGCAAUUUCUUAUGACCAACAAGUUAGACACAGCAAUGUGGAUUUCCCGUUUGUUCACAGUUUACUGUUCAGCUUUAUUUGUCUUGCCUCUCCUGGGGUUGCAUGAAGCAGCUAGUUUUUAUCAGCGUGCCUUGCUGGCAAACGCUCUUACCAGUGCUCUUCGCUUACACCAGAGGUUGCCACACUUUCAGCUCAGCAGGGCAUUCCUGGCUCAGGCUUUGUUAGAAGACAGCUGCCACUACCUAUUAUAUUCUCUCAUCUUUGUUAAUUCUUACCCUGUUACGAUGAGUAUUUUCCCAGUUUUGCUGUUUUCUUUGCUUCAUGCUGCCACUUAUACAAAGAAAGUUCUUGAUGCAAGAGGUUCAAAUAGCUUCCCCUUUCUGAGAAAUCUCUUAGACAAGCUAAAUGCUAAUCAGCAGAAUAUUCUAAAAUUCAUUGCUUGCAAUGAAAUUUUCCUGAUGCCAGCCACAGUUUUUAUGCUUUUCAGUGGCCAGGGAAGCCUGCUUCAGCCCUUCAUUUACUAUCGAUUUCUUACGCUGCGUUAUUCCUCCCGUAGAAAUCCAUAUUGUCGGACUCUGUUCACAGAGCUGAGAAUCGUUGUUGAACAUCUAAUAAUGAAACCUUCAUGCCCUGUUUUUAUAAGAAGACUCUGUCUCAGCAGCAUUGCCUUUAUAAGCAGACUGGCACCAACAGUUGCAUAGUUAAAUUCCAGAAGAAUGUGUGUGUGUAUUGUGAACAUUAUGAGCAGUUGGCACUUCUGCUGGUUAUAAAUUCCAGGUUUUACACUGAUCCUAUUCCAAGUUGUAUAAAAAAAUGUGCAUAAGCUUC